AAUGGUUUCAUCGAAGGCCGAGAACUCGAUAAUUUCCUUAAGGAAUUCGUCAGUUCUGUCAACACUACUGAUGUCGGACCGGAGGUGGUGUCGGAAUCGAUGUUUGCGGAGCUGAAGGAGUGUUUUAUGGAGGCGUACGACGACAAUAGGGAUGGAAAGAUAGAAAUACGUGAAUUGGCACAACUCCUGCCACUCGAAGAGAGUUUUUUGCUUCUCUUCCGUUUCGAUAAUCCUCUGGAAUCGAGCGUCGAGUUUAUGAAGAUUUGGAGAGAAUAUGAUACCGACGGCAGUGGGUAUAUAGAAGCGGAUGAGUUAAAGAACUUUCUAAAAGAUUUGCUGAAAGAAGCGAAACGCGAAGCAAUAGAUGAGGACAAACUCAUUGAAUAUACGGACACUUUACUCAAUAUUUUUGACUCUAAUAAAGACGGAAAACUACAAUUGAGUGAAAUGGCAAAGCUUCUUCCAGUGAAAGAAAACUUCUUGUGUCGAAACGCCUUCAAAGGCGCGACAAAACUUAAUAAAGAAGAUAUCGAACGGGUUUUCGCAUUAUAUGAUAGAGACAAGAACGGAACCAUUGAAAACGAAGAACUCAAAGGAUUUCUAAAGGAUUUAUUGGAAUUGGUGAAGAAGAAUCCUAUUCUCGAAAUAAGUCCAUUCGCU